AAUCGUUAUUUAGAAAUAGCUUACUGCAGUGCUUGUUCAGAUAUGGAGGGCGUUAUUUUCGUCUUACUGUUGUUAAUUGCUGUGGUAGACGGUCAGUCGUGUAAAUAUGGCUACUAUCAUUGUACAGGAUAUGAUUGGUGCUGUCUAGAUGGAUACGUUUGCACUGGGUCGUCGACCUGUUUAUCCGUUGGAGCAAUAAUCGGAGCCUGCAUUGGAGCCAUAGCUGGUCUUGUGUUUUUCAUCGUCCUCAUAUACCUCUGUUGUAGAACGAAGAAAGGUACAGUUGGAACUGUUGUGACACGUCCAGGUAUCAACACCACAGUAGUAGUUGGACAACAACAGUAUGGUCAGCAUGCUUAUGGACAACCGCCUGCAUACGGACAACCAAUGUAUGGUCAACAACAGUAUGGGCAACCACAGAACGGACAACCAAUGUAUGGUCAACCACAGAACGGACAACAAAUGUAUGGACAACCACAGUACGGUCAAUCAAGCGGGUUUGCACAGCCAGGUCCGGAUCCAGUAUAUCCACCCACUAAACAAUAACAUGUGCGCUACAGCUACUGUUUCAAUAAUGUAACGUUUACUUUAUUGUGUGGAUUUACUUGUAUUUGUUAUCUUGAUAGAAUGAUAUGUGAUUGAACGCUGUACAUUAAAUAUUUUAUCAACACAAAAAAGAGAGCGAUAAAGUAUUUAUGAAUUUAAAAAUACAAAUUUGGAAAUAUCAUCCAGUAACAAUUCAUGUUAAUCACAUGUAACUCAAAAAGUAAUAGUAGUUUCACAAACAUAACAGUUCCAAUCUAGACUUUUUUCUAAUUGAUAGCUUGAGGAGGGAUUUUUCACAACCAACUUAACAUUAAAGUCAGACCAGGUAAACACAGGUAUUGUUGCUCAAUGUAACACUUUUUUAAAGGACAUAACUGCUUAAUUCAUGAUAAUCGCAUUGGCUCAACAUACUUAAAGGUAUAUAGUAAUCAUAAAAGUCCCAUAGAAAAAUGUCAUUAUAUUUGCUUAUAUCUUCUUCAAAGAAAUCACUAAUCAGAACAAUCAGCUUCCUUUUGGGUGUACAUUAACUUAAUAGUUCAGGAAAUGAAAUUUUCUGCAAACAUUGCAGAGACAGAUUAUUAGAUAAAUGAUACAUUGGAGACAUGUUUAGGAUGUACACAAAUUUGGUUUUGCAUCUAUUUAAUUCUAAUAAAAUAUAAAUGCAACUAAAAAUGUUAUUAUCUGAGUCAAGUUUUUUAAUAUAUUUGUAACAAUUCAUGUGAUUUGAAUUUAUUACUACUGAUUUUGUAUUUUGUUACA